AUGCGGAUUCUUUCAAAAGACAGGAGAAUAUGUUGGAAGCAUAAGAAGGAGAGAGGUAUUAGUUAUACGAAACAACUUGCCUUUAAAGGCAGAAAAUCUUAUGAACAACCUAGUCCUAAAUGUAAAAAAGCAGUUAAUUACCGAGUGAUUUAUAGAGAUUAUAAAGAAACAGAGUUAACUAUUGUGACCAAAAAAGCAGACUUAUUCGCUAAACGUAGAGUUAGAGAACAGUAUAUUAAGUCAAGUGACCUAGCACUUUUAUAUAGUGAAGUGAAUAGUUAUAGUGCAUAUAAUGAGCUGACUGAAGAUAUCUUCCUCAAUCAUACUUUUGAUGAAGAUAACUUCACUAUGAUACAAGCAUUUAAGGAAGAUACAUUUCCAAAAAAGAAAGUCGCAACAAAAGAAUAUUAUGAUAUGAUGUAUCAUAUUUUCAUUAAUUGUAAGUUAACGGCCACAGAAGCUGCAGAUUAUAAAUAUAAAUGCAGCAAAAAUGAUAUAGAAUAUGAUAUGAAUUUAAUAGAUCAAUGGUAUAAUGAAUCUUUACAAUGAAGCAUUAGAAAGACACAAAAAGGUUAAGCAUCAAUCUAAGCGUAAUAAACGUAAUAAUCGU